AUGGUCUCGUCCUCCCCCAAGCCCUCGUCGCCCUUGGACGAGCUGGAUGUCGCAGCCGUCGUGCAGGGCUUUGAUGCCCAGGGCGAGCAGGGUCUGAACCAGAGUCUCAGACCGACCCCGGCUCCGAACCACCCAGACUCCGAAAAGUCCCAGUCCCAGACAACCACCAACGGAACCACCAACGGCAACGCUCAGAACACCAGACGGCCCAAGCAAAAGAAGCCGCAAAAGGUCCCGCCUACCGUCUCAGACCCCGACCGGCCCCUCAUCACUCCCGUCGGAGACCCGUGGCCCCGACCAUACCAUUUCGAAGGUGAUGGUCUGCGCCGCGUUGCCCCAUACCACUUCACCUACAACACCCAUUGUAAGGAGCGAUGGCGUAACCGGCCCCUCCUUGAGAUCUACGAGGCCGAGUUCCGGGACCGACCCAUUCAGUACUACUACGAUUCCAUGGUUCGCGGCACCAUCUUUGUCAACGGUCGCCGUGUUGGCCCUGACUAUGUUCUCCGAAACGGAGAUCUCAUCUCUCAUACACUCCACCGUCAUGAGCCACCCGUUACAGAGGAUCCUCUCCAGGUUAUCCACGAGGAUGAGGACAUGAUUGUCAUCAACAAGCCGGCCGGCGUGCCUGUUCACCCAGCUGGCCGUUACAACUACAACUCGGUCAUUGAGAUUAUGAAGUCUGAACGCGGACAGGGGUUUCUGCCCUAUCUCUGCAACCGCCUGGACCGUCUCACAAGUGGCAUCAUGUUUAUCGCAAAGAAUCCUCCCGCCGCUGAGGCGCUCGGCAUCAAGAUCAAGCAGCGAACAGUGAGAAAGGAGUACAUUGCACGUGUUAUGGGCAAGUUCCCAGACGGCGAAGUUGUCUGUGACCAGCCCAUUCUGCAGAUCUCACCAAAGUUGGGUCUUAACCGGGUUCGCGCAAAUGGAAAGACUGCCCGAACAGUGUUUAAACGCCUAGCCUAUUACCCCCCUCCGGACGGAGAAGAGACAGAGGGAGAUGGGCGACCCAAGACACCAGAGGAGGAACUGGACGAGAAGCAUCACCCUUGGAUCAACAAGAGGGGUUAUUCUAUCGUCCGAUGUCUUCCAGUUACGGGUCGGACUCACCAGCUUCGUGUACACCUUCAACACUUGGGACACCCUAUCCAGAACGAUCCCAUCUACGCCAAUAGGCGAGUCUGGGGCUUCGAUCUAGGGCAGAACGAUGCGGAUGGAACACUCAACACUGACGAAGACGUCGUGAGUCGCUUGUCUCGUAUGGGCAAGGACGAGGUUGCAGAUGCAGUAGCCUACUACGAUACCAUGGUGGACAAGUAUGAGCAGCGGCGGGCUGAGAAGAUGACGGGCGAGCUCUGCGACGUAUGCCAAACGCCUCUGUACUCAGACCCUGGCAGCCAUGAAUUAUCGUUGUGGCUCCACAGUCUUCGAUAUGAAGAUGCGGGCGGAAGCUGGUCGUAUGUCAGCCCGCUGCCUCGGUGGGCGCUCCCGCCAGAGGGCAUGAGUGGGCCAACGACGGUUGGCGGGAUGGAGGAGCUGGUGGAGGCGGUAAAGGACGAGAAUCCCGAGAUAUCAUGA